GUGAUGGUGGUGGGGAGGGUUCUGUUCCCACUAACAACGAAGAAGAGAAAGACGAGCUGGAGGAGUUCCUACCCAAGAUGGACGAAAAGGUUUUGGCAAAGCAGCUCAGCCUGUCUCUCGAGUCUGACACGAGGUCGAGCACGCUCAGCGACACAUCACUUCUGCCUCAAGAACUUGCCACCACACCACCUCUUGAUUCCCUGGAUGAAGAGGCUCACUUCUACGAAGGUAUGGGCAGCCUUCCAGACUAUGACGAAGAGACAGACCUGGACAGCUUUCUGCCCGACGCAACGACCAUGCCAUCGCUGAGUGAAGUGUGCGACUCCGAUGAAUUCCUUCCCCCUGUGGCCUCUGCGUUGUCAGCGCCCAUGCAUUUUUCAAGCUCACACUUCAAGAUGGACAGCUCCGACUCUGAGGGCGACGACACACUCGUCAAAGCACUAACCUCAUCGCGGCGGCCCGCCCGACAGCCCGAGGCAUCCAAGUCACGCCCACUCGCCGUUGGUCCUCGCACCUCCCGACACAGCUCCCAAGUGUCACAAAGUGAAAACGUUCCUUCGUGCACGAGAACUGGCGAUGUGCGUCGGGACCUUCAAUAACCCAAAGAACAGAUUGUGUGAGUUGCCUUGAUACCAUAUUUUUUUCUGUACAUUUUCUCCUCCCCCACCUCCUCACCCUCCCCCGCCCCCGCCUUUUUUUUUCCCCUGCAUUUCUAUUGUACUAAUGACAAUUAGCACAUAAACAUGUUGCACCUUGUCUUAGUAAGAAUGUGCUAGUGAUCGCUGUCAUUUACAUCUUGUCUGUGGUUGUACUUUUAUGCACUUGUUGUGAUGAGUUUCUUUACCAACCUCAAAACUGCACAGUCACUGUUUUUUAUUUUUAUCACACCCGUAUGCUAGUCGCAACUUGGGCCUGCAUGUGCACUUGCACAUGGUAAAGUGUCACAGUAGACCUGCCAUGUUUUUUAGCUGAAUCAAAAUUUUUUUUGCUGCGAAAUUA